AUGACUGAGCAGGCAUACAACAUAAUCAAGUGUUCAAACAAUUCAGAAACACCAAGUCUAACACAUGUCUCAGAAUUCUAUCUUUUGGGAUUCUCAGAAGAUCCUAACCUACAACCAAUUCUACUUGGACUCUUCCUGGCCAUGUACCUGGUCACAGUCCUUGGGAACCUGCUCAUCAUCCUGAUCGUCAGCUGUGAUUCCCACCUCCACACCCCCAUGUACUUCUUCCUCUCCAAUCUCUCCUUUGCUGACAUCUGCUUUAUAUCCACUAUGGUCCCAAAGGUGAUUAUGGACAUCCAAAGUCACAGCAGAGUCAUCUCCCAUUUGGGUUGCCUCAUACAGAUGUCCGUGUUUCUCACUUUUGCAUGCAUGGAUGACAUGCUUCUGAGUGUGAUGGCCUAUGACCGGUUUGUAGCCAUCUGCCACCCCCUGCAUUACCAAGUCAUCAUGAACCCUCGCUUCUGCCUCUUCUUAGUGUUAGUGUCAUUUUUGGUCAGUCUUUCGGACUCGCUUCUGCACAACUUGAUUAUCUUACAACUGACAUCCUUUAAAAGUAAGUACAUUGCUAAUUUCUUCUGUGACCCUUCUCAGCUUCUUAAUCUUGCCUGCUCUGAUACCUUUAUCAGUAACAUGAUCAUGUAUUUUAUUCUUACUGUGUUUGGAUUUCUUCCGAUCUCAGGGAUCUUUUUCUCUUACUAUAAAAUUACUUCCUCCAUUCUGAGGGGUCCAUCCUUAAGUGGGAAAUACAAGGCCUUCUCUACAUGUGGAUCUCACUUGUCAAUAGUUUGUCUGUUUUAUGGGACAGGGCUUGGAGUCUAUAUUGACUCAGCUCUAUCACAUUCUCCCAGAAACAGCGCUGUGGCCUCAGUGAUGUACACCAUGGUCACUCCUAUGCUGAAUCCCUUCAUCUACAGCCUGAGGAACAGGGAUAUUAAAGAUGCCUUAAGGAGGCUCCACAGUAGAAUAGUCUAA